AUGCAUCGAUCGCGGCCUGUGGCGCGGUACCGCCCGGGUCAGGCGCCCGCCCAUGCGGCGUCGGACUCGUCGUCGUCAGGAGAGGAAGAUGCGGAGCUGACCGUGCCGCAAAAACGCGUGUCGCUUCCCAGCCGUGUGACGUCCGCUGCGCCCCAGCCCACGGCUGGAACGUUGGUGGCACCGUCAGUGCCGCUGGAUGAGUAUGAAACGGAUUCCCAUUCGGAGGCGGAAGAGGAGCCGCGCGUAUAUACCCAGACUGCCAGUGCGCCGGCCGCACCGACGCCGCCGCCACCUCGUCCUAUACAGCCACAGGCUCUUCCACCACCGACCGUCACACUAGGUGACUCGCCGCAGAGCGCAUCAGAGAGUGAGACAGAGAGCGAAGACGAUGUGCCUAUGCUCAAGCCCGUCUUUGUGGCUCGGCAGAAUCGCACGAGUGCUGCGCCGGUCGAGCACGUUGACACGACGAGACGUAGUGCUGCUGAGAAAGAAGCGGAAAAGCAGGUCGCGCACCAUCUCGCGGCGGCGCGCGUUGUGCGCGACCUGCAGGAGCAAAAGCACGAAGAGUCGCACAGCGUGGUAGACGAUACCGAUGGGGUGGAUCCGGAUGCCGAAUUCGCGGCAUGGCGAGCUCGUGAGCUUGCGCGCAUGGAGCGUGUGCGGCAGGCGGAACGCAUGCGCGCUGCUGAGGCAGCUGAGGUGGCGCGGCGUCGUGUGAUGCCUGAGCAUGAGCGUUUGGCGGACGACUUGGCCUAUGCGCGUGAGACGCGUGCGGCGAAGCAACGUGGCCACCAGGGCUUCAUGCAGAAGUACUAUCACAAGGGCGCGUUUUUCCAGGACAUGGAUAUUCUACAGCGUGACUAUACGCAGAGCACGGUGGACGACGUGGACAAGAGUCAGCUGCCGCAGGUGCUGCAGAGGCGGCACUUUGGCAAGCGGGGUCAGAGCAAGUGGACGCAUCUCGCGGGCGAAGACACGACGCGACAGAGCGAGCCUGACCUGCGGCUGCUCCGAGCCUCGCGGCGUAGAUAG